GGACCGACUGGGACAUGAGUUGCACAAACCGAACACUGCGCUGGGGCCUCGCCCUGCUCCUCGCCGCGGCGGCGGCUGCAGCCCCCAACACGUGCUCCCCGCAGGAAUUCCGCUGCGGGGAUGGCAAAUGCGUGGCGCUCAAGUUCGUGUGCGACUCGGACCGAGACUGCCUGGACGGCUCUGACGAGGAGCACUGUACAACGAGCACCUGCGAGCCGAGCCAGUUCCGCUGCCACAACUCCACCUGCAUCCCCAAGCUGUGGGCCUGCGACGGCGACGCAGACUGCGAGGACAACUCCGACGAGUGGCCCGAGAACUGCGGGGGCCGUGACCCCCUCAAAGAGCGCUAUGACCCCAAGGCCUGCUCGACCCAUGAGUUCCAGUGCGGCAGCGGCGAGUGUGUGCACCAGAGCUGGAGAUGCGACGGUGACGCCGAUUGCAAGGACAAGUCAGACGAGGAGGGCUGCGCUGCCGCUACGUGUCGCCCGGACGAGUUCCAGUGUUCAGACGGCAGCUGUGUCCCUGGCAGUGGCCAGUGUGAUGGCUACAAGCACUGUAAGGAUGGGAGUGACGAGGUUGACUGUGCCAACGUGACCCUCUGCAAGGGACCCCACAAGUUCCACUGCCACAGCGGCGAGUGUAUCUCAAUGGACAAAGUGUGUGAUUCGGUCAGGAACUGCCAGGACUGGUCAGACGAACCCCUCAAGGAAUGCAGUACGAACGAGUGUGCAGACAACAACGGCGGCUGCUCCCACCUGUGCGAGGACCUCAAGAUUGGCUAUGAAUGUCGGUGCCCCACAGGCUUCCGGCUGGCUGAUCAGCACAAGUGUGAAGAUAUUGAUGAGUGUCAGGAGCCAGACACCUGCAGCCAGAUCUGCGUGAACCUGGAGGGCGGCUACAAGUGCGAAUGCUUGAGCGGCUUCCAGUUGGACCCCUCCACGGGCAUCUGCAAAGUCACCAGUGCCAUCGCCUACCUCUUGUUCACCAACCGCCACGAGGUGCGGAAAAUGAGCCUGGACCGGAGCGAGUACACCAGUCUCAUCUCCGACCUGAAGCAUGUGGUGGCGCUGGACACCGAGGUGGCCGCCAACCGCAUCUACUGGACCGAUCUGUCGCAUAAGAAGAUCUACAGCACCCAGAUUAAUGGCGACCCCAGCUCCUCCCCGCACCAGACUGUCAUUGGCGAGGACGUGCAGGCCCCUGACGGGCUGGCCGUGGACUGGGUCCACCAGCUCCUCUACUGGACUGACUCGAUCCCGGGCACCGUGUCUGUGGCUGACACUCAGGGGGUCAAGAGGAAGACGCUCUUCACCGAGAAGGGCUCCAAGCCUCACUCCAUCGUGGUGGACCCCGGUCACGGCUUCAUGUACUGGACCGACUGGGGGACUCCAGCCAAGAUCAAGAAGGGGGGUCUGAACGGGGUGGACGUCUAUUCGUUGGUGACGGAAAACAUUCACUGGCCCAUCGGGAUCACACUGGAUCUUUCCGGCGGGCGCCUAUACUGGGUGGACUCCAAACUUCACUCCAUCUCCAGCAUCGAUGUCGACGGGGGGAACCGGAAGAUGGUGCUGAAGGACACAUCCAAGCUGGCACACCCCUUCUCCCUGGCCAUCUUUGAGGACAGAGUCUUCUGGACGGACAUAAACAAUGAAGCCAUAUUCAGUGCCAACCGUCUCACUGGCUCUGACAUUCAUCUGGUGGCCGAAAACCUGCAGUCCCCAGGGGAUAUUGUCCUUGUCCACAACUUGACUCAGCCUACAGGGGUCAACUGGUGCGAGAGAAAUGCCCUCCAGAACGGAGGGUGCCAGUACCUGUGUCUCCCAGCCCCCCAGAUCAAUGCCCACUCCCCCAAGUUCACCUGUGCCUGCCCGGAUGGCCUGGUUCUUGGCACUGAUAGGCGGAGCUGCAGACCAGGUGAGGGCGCUCUGCUCUGCCCAAUGGGGGAACCUGGCCUCAGGAGUGGACAUAAAGGUGACCCCAUGCCAAGAACACCCCUUGGGAAGUGCCAGUCGGAGGAGGUGCUGGAAGCAGAAACUCAGACGACGGGCACACCCGGGGCCCCUGUUGUCACUGAGACUGCCCCAGAGCACACCAACACCCCGAAAUCCCGGCCUUCCCCGGAGCCUACCACUAGGGAGACAGCGACUACCCUGUCACACCCAGUCCUGAGCACCGAGUCCAACGUAGUACAGCAGAAGACAAGUGGCAGUUCAGGAGCUCUCUACAUAGUGCUCCCCAUUGCGCUGCUCGUCAUGCUGGGCUUCGGGGUGCUGCUGGUCUGGCGGAACUGGCGGCUGAAGAGCGUCAACAGCAUCAACUUCGACAACCCCGUGUACCAGAAGACCACGGAGGACGAGGUCUGCAUCUGCGACGCCCAGGAUGGCUACAGCUACCCCUCGAGACAGAUGGUCUGCAUGGAGGAAGACACACCAUGAGACUGCACAGACCUUGUUUAUCUGGGGCCACAAGAGGAAGAACAUGCCAACGCCCCUAGACCGAGACCAACCUUCCCUUAGACGCUCCCCCUUGUGCCUACAGCUUGGGGCCUGCCUUCCAGGCUUUGUUUCAUAUAUUUAUUUGUCUGAAAGGCAGAACUAGAUCCCCCUGGGGGUCCUAGGGAGGGGUUGCAGGUGGGGUCCCAGAGUUGAUACAGGGGUAUAAAAAUGGGAGGCUGGGGCCCGGAGAGGUAGCAUGGAGGUAGAGCGUUUGCCUUGCAUGCAGAAGUACGGUGGUGGUUCGAAUCCCGGCAUCCCAUAUGGUCCCCUGUGCCUGCCAGCUGCGGCUUCUGAGCAGGGAACCAGGAGUAACUCCUGAGUGCUGCCGG